AUGCUAGUCACCCGAUCUCUCAUGGAGUUAACGACUGUGAAUUCGGGGGCCAAAAGCAACCCACAUAGUCCACUAUCAAGCCUAAUGUCCGAAGGGGAAUGGAGCAAUCAGAGAACCAAGACGUUGGGAAUUUGCUUUAAUCUAUCACGUUGGCGCCACGAUCACAGGUCCAAAGGCUAG